CUCCGUACUGGAUGGAAAUUGUAUUUUAGGCUAAUUUGAUUAUUUAGUUAAAAAAUAGAAGCAAAUUUUAAAUCAACAAAUAUUAUUUUAGUUUAGUUCAAUAACAGAAGCAAAUUACAAUAUGGAUACCGUUGUAAAGAGUAUGUUAGAAGAUGAUGUAGAGGAAGAGAGUAAGGGCUUAGUAAUAUUUGGACGGGAUGUUUCGAAAAUUCCAUGCUUUAGAGAUAGUUUUAUGUACGGAAUAUCUUCUGGUAUUGGUAUGGGAUUUGCUGCCUUUUUAAAAACAUCAAAACCAGUAUUAUCACAACAUGUUGGCAUGGGAUCAUUUGCAAUAGUAACACUCAUGUACUGGACUUACUGUAGAAUGCAAUGGUCUCAGCAGAGGUUUAACUCUCAACUAUUGCAAGACGCUUUGAAAGAGAAAAUGAAGUACGAAGGAACUGCAGUUGAAAAGGAAUUGGAGCAAAAAGGUGUCUUAAAAACAGUCUAAUUAACAGUAUAACUUAAAUUUUCUGUAGAUAAUUUAUGAUUAGAUGUUGAUAUUUACUGUACAUAAUAUUUUAUAUAUGUUUAUGUAAUUAAAUAAUAUAGGAU